CUCGCCUCCCGACCUCCUCACAAACAAAACACAAGCAACGACCUAUCUUGAUUUAGUAAUUCGAUCGCUAGCUCGUGCUGUGCCGUGUGUGUGAUCAAUUAACGACGCUCGGGAGCUUAGCUAGCCAGUGGCAUGGAGCUGGAGAUGGGGAGCCACGCGGCGCUGAUCAAGGUCGGGGUGUUCGUGCUAGUGCAGGCGCUGGUGUACCUCAUCCUCGCACAGUCUUCCGGCGUCUUCUCCAGGACCAAGAGCGUCGUCGACCUCCGCCCGGCGCGCUCCCUCAGCGCGCGCCGCAUGGUCGCGCUGCUCUCCGACCUGCCGCUCGGCGGGGAGCCGUCGCCUCGCGCCGUCUUCGGCGGCGAGCAGUCGCUCGUACCGAGCGCCCACCAGAAGAAGGAUUAACUCCUUUUUUUUGGAGGGGAAAAGAAAGGAAGAAGAAGGAGGGAUUAAUUAGCUGGAGACCAUUUUACCUCUUGGUGCCUUGGUGGUUGAUAGCUUAAUUAGCUGAUUCCCGCUUCUUCUAAGAACAUGUGGAUAGUGUAGGCGUCUAGCUAUGGAAGAUCACCGUUCUUUGAUCGAUUUGACGAAAAUGUAUUGUUGUAACUUGUAUCUGGUGACAAUUCAAUUUGUUCUUCUGUAAUUUGAGCAGACAUAUGUGGUGAACGAAGCAGUUGGCACACGAUGGUGAUAUAUGGGUUGA